UCCGUAGUGAGUGAAAGCGGAGCAAAGCAGAGGGACCUGCUGGAGAGAGGAAGAGGAGCAGCCCUCCAUCCUUCAUUCUUUCCUUCCGUUUUCUUCUUUUGUCGUUGCCUUGUAAAAAAAAUGUAAUCACAUGACAUCAUAACCAUGAGGACGUCGCUUCUCUACUCGCCUCCUUUUCGCUUGAACGACGUCGACGCGGCGGAUACGCUUGACGCUAGCUAAACGCUGCUUUUUCUUUUCCCCACAUUUUUUAGGUCUCAUUCUUCCAUCAUCUGAGAGUCCAUAUCCGUCUGUAUAGGGUGAAUAAUUUACUUCUUGUAAAUAAUUAUUUUUUAUUUAUUUUCUCAUACGAUGUGCUGCAAAGGACAAAGAUGCAAUUACCCGCUUGACAAAAUCAAGGUGCCUGAGACCACUAUCCAGGAGGUCUACAUCGCCAACAUCCCAGACGGCAACAGGAUGACCUGUUGCUGGAACUCCGUUACCAUGUUUUUAUUCAUCUGAAUGGCCGCCAACCGCCGUUGGAGCAUGAGCACAUAUCGCAUUGCCUUAUACCUGAGAUAACGCUCAUUAUCCUUGCUCGAGCGUGCUCCGUCUACCCAGGAUCCGUUCUAAUCAAAUAGUUUUGGAUCUGACGGUCAUGCAGGGAAACUUUGGGACCAAAGUGGCAGCUUGGGAUUUGAUUGCAGCACCCGUGUGUCUCCCAGAGACCCAAUGCAAAGAAAGGUGAACUGCAUGCGCUGUAGUAUUCUUCUCCAUCGGGAUAUCGACCACAAGGCCGUCGCAAUGAGCGCAUGAUUGCAACGGCGCCGCGCCAUCUUCGUCGUGGCCGGCGGUCGUCCGCCGCUCGUCGUCCUCGGCCAUGACCCGGCUGAUGUUGGGCCGAACUCUGGAGCGCAUCUGCAAGGGCGUCCUGUUCCUUUGCCUGCUCCACUUCCUCAUCAUGAUGAUCCUCUACUUUGAUGUCUACUCGCAGCGCUUUGACCUCUUCAGCCGCUUCAACAACGUGCGCAACGGCUCUCGUAACAACGCCAGCGGACAUCAUUUCUACUUUUACAACAUUUCCAGGCUCAACGCUACCGCAGCUAGCUACCUGGCCACGGGCGAGCAGGCGGGGCCCACCGCGCGGCCGCACGCAAAUCGGCCGCCUUCGCCCAAGCCCCUGCCGCCAUGUCCUGAAAACCCCCCUGGUCUGGUGGGCCGCCUAUUGAUCGAGUUCAGCUCCCAGAUGACGAUGGAGCGCGUGCAGCGAGAGAACCCCAACGUGACGGAGGGAGGCCGCUACACGCCCCCAGACUGUCGGCCUCGAUGGAAGGUGGCCAUCAUUAUCCCGUUCCGUCACCGGGAAAACCACCUGAAGUAUUGGCUUCACUACCUCCACCCCAUUCUGAGACGUCAGAGGAUUGACUACGGCAUCUACAUCAUCAAUCAGUUGGGCGAGGACACGUUCAACCGCGCCAAGCUGCUGAACGUUGGCUACGCGGAGGCGCUGAAGGACGGCGACUACAACUGCUUCAUUUUCAGCGAUGUGGACCUGAUCCCCAUGGACGACCGAAACCUGUACCACUGCUAUGAGCAGCCUCGACACUUUGCCAUCGCCAUGGACAAGUUUGGCUUCAGGUUGCCCUACGCGGGUUACUUCGGGGGGGUGUCAGGGCUCAGUAAAAAACAGUUCUUGAGGAUCAACGGCUUCCCCAACGAGUACUGGGGCUGGGGAGGGGAGGAUGACGAUAUCUACAACAGGAUCACUCUGAACGGGAUGAAGGUGUCCAGACCUGAUGUGCGCAUCGGCCGCUACAGAAUGAUUAAACACGAGAGAGACAAACACAACGAGUCCAACCCGCAAAGAUUCAAUAAAAUCCAAAACACCAAGAACACCAUGAAAAAGGACGGCAUCAGCUCGCUCACCUACCGACUGGUGCAGAUCAAAAGGUACCCGCUGUACACUAACAUUUCAGUAGAGAUCGGAAAACCGCCGCCCCGGCCUUUCAAGGGAUAGAGACUCAAGGUAGGUUGGGAUUGGGAUGGACGCACCAAGGAAGUUACAAGCACAUCAAGGAGUGGAAUCUUUUUUUUUUUUUUUACACUUUGACUUGUUCUUCUAAGCUUCUGGACAACAUUGGAAUGGAAGGACCAAAGAUUGAUGAAUGACACAAAGCAGGAGUUUGAUGGACUGAUAUAGACCUCAAGGCUAAAAUGGCCCAAAAUGGCAAAACCCAUUAAAAUGAAUGAUGGGAGGACCACAAUGUGGCCAGAGAAGUUUUGAGACCCCAACAGCAAAAGCCUAGACGGUAAAGAUUUAUGAGGCGACCUGCAAGACAGGGAGCGAUAUAUCGAAAUCACAGACGGUGUUCACGAAAGAAUUAGCGUACGACAGGCGUGCGUUAAAUGCCACUUUUUAUCCGACUCGCAUAUGUACAUUAUCCCAUGCGAGUCGAAAAUACCGUAAUUUUCGGACUAUAAGUCGCUCCGGAGUACAAGUCGCAUCAGCCAUAAAAUGCCCAAAAAAGUGAAAAAAAAACAUAUAAGUCGCUCCGGAGUAUAAGUUGCAUUUUGGGGGGCAAUUUAUUCGACAAAAUCCAACACCAAGAACAGUCAUGAACGAGCAACAACAGGCUAAACGAUAGGUGUGUGGCGGCGUGGACUUCCAGCCACAGAAGUGGAAGAAAGCUCCAUAGAAUAGGACCGGGCGUGCGUAAAAGCCAUGACCGAGCCCUAUCCACCGUCCCCGGACAGCCACCCGGCCGAGCGCCGGCCCUCGACUUCCAUCCACGGAGGUGAAAGAGAGCUCUGUAGAGUAGGACCGGGCGUGCGUAAAAGCCAUGUCCAAGCCCCAUCCACCGUCCCUGGACAGCCACCCGGCCGAGCGCCGGCCCCCGACUUCAAUCCACGGAGGUGAAAGAGAGCUCUGUAGAGUAGGACCGGGCGUGGGUAAAAGCCAUAAUAGUUUUUCAAACCUUCUGUGUCACUCCAAAUCCUUAAAUCCUUCAAACUCUUCGUCCGCUGUGUCACUUAGAAACAAAGCCGCUAAUGAUGCCGGUAGUACGUGGGGUCCUUCGUCAUUUUCGUCAUCCCGUGAUCAAUCUUUGUCCUUUAUGUAAACAACCGUCGCGUCGCGCUGCUGACGUCACUUGAAAUUCAAAUUACAGUAAUCCCUUGCUACAUCGCGGUUCCACUUAUUAUUAUUAUUAUUAUUUUUUUUGUGAAAGUUUUUGAAAAAAAAACACAUAUAAGUCGCUCCUUAUUAUAAGUCGCCCCCCCACCCAAACUAUGAAAAAAAACGCGACUUAAAGUCCGAAAAUUACGGUACUCCCAAAUCAAAGCCUCUGGCAUUUACGAAUGAAUGUAUCAUGCCCGCAGCCCUCACCGGGACUCUGCUGGGACAUUAUAGUUUUUUUCUUUGUUAUUUUGGGGAUAUGUAGAGACUGAAACUUCUUGGAGCAAGGUGGGCAUCAUGAUUAUAUGUUGUUGCUGUGGUGGGGGUGGGGAGUUGAAAAUGGAAUCACUGAGGAUGGACCCUGAUGACUGAUAGAUACAGCAAAUGACUCAGCUUGUAUUGUUCUAAUUAUGAUUUGAUUUGAUUUGAUGUGAUGUGAGGAAUGCUUACCCAUGUUCCUCUGAAAUUUAGAUGGCUGAAAAUUUAAACACAGGAUCACCACAUGUCAUUUAAUAUUUUGGUUUAUUUUGCCAUAUUCUUAUUUUGACUGAUUGGCUUCAUGCGUUUGAAUUUAAUUUAUUUUAUUUUAGCUUUCUGUCCUAUAUACAGAUACGUAUACCUUGAAACUGGUUACCAGGCCAUGCCUAGUCAAUACUAAGCUCGCAAUGUUGGUAGUGAGCAUUUGUUAUCAUGAGGCGGCCAUUUUGAAAACUCAUCAUAUCGUAGGGUAGCAGAAACAAUGAGCCUUAUUAGUUUUUCAACAUUUUUGUUUUGUUUCGUUAAUCCGAGCACGUGGUCGUGUCCACAUUUGGUAUAUCCAAGUGUUUUUAAUGCUGUAAUCUUCCUAUUUUGCAGUUUUGACACAUCAUACUGUUACAUAUAUUUCCACCGAGCUGAUGCCUUCCUUCAGUAGUUAUUUUCUAUUAAUUAAAUGACAUUUAAAUCAUGAACUGUAAACCAAAA